AUAUAAUUUUAUUAAUAUAUCGUUAAUAUGUUAAAAAUUUUAAGUUCUAAUAGAACUAUAGUGCCGGCGUUUCGACAUUCCUAUGCAACGUUGGCCAAAAUGAAAAAGAACAAACAAAUUGCAGCCGAGGGUGAUAAAUCCAGUGCAAAGGAACUGCGUCCACCCCCUUCUUAUAUCGAAGAAAGAUUAGCUUUGUGGAAUAAAUUGAAAGCUCAAUAUGACGCAGAACUAUCAAGCAAACCCGAAAAAUCCAUUAAAGUAACUUUACCUGAUGGUAAGGUUGUGGAAGCAGUUGCCUGGAAAACCACUGCUUACGAUAUUGCUAGAGGAAUAAGUCAAGGGUUGGCCGAUAAUGCAGUAAUCUCAAAAGUAAAUGGCACGUUGUGGGAUUUGGAUAGACCAUUAGAAAGUGACUGUAAUCUCGAAUUGCUUAAAUUCGAUGAUCCGGAAGCGCAAGCCGUGUUUUGGCAUUCGUCGGCACACAUUCUUGGCGAGGCAAUGGAGAGAAUAUAUGGUGGAUGUCUUUGUUACGGCCCUCCCAUCGAAUCCGGAUUUUAUUAUGAUAUGUUUUUUGAUGACAAGGGGGUUUCCCAAACCGAUUUUCCUGUCGUCGAAGGUUUAAUGAAAAAUAUUGUGAAGGAAAAACAACCGUUUGAGAGGCUCGAAAUAAAAAAAGAAGAUUUGUUGGAGAUGUUCAAGUACAACCCUUUUAAAGUUCGGAUCCUUAACGAAAAGGUCGACACUCCCACCACCACCGCAUACAGGUGUGGCCCCCUGAUUGAUCUUUGUAGGGGUCCGCACGUCCGACACACCGGAAAAGUUAAAGCUCUUAAAGUUACCAAGAGUUCGAGCACUUAUUGGGAAGGAAAGGCUGAUGCCGAGACCCUGCAAAGGAUUUACGGGAUAAGCUUCCCCGACACGAAGCAGUUGAAGGAGUGGCAACAGUUCCAGGAAGAGGCCGCAAAACGUGACCACCGCAAGAUCGGCAAGGAGCAGGAACUGUUCUUCUUCCACGAACUUUCGCCCGGCUCCUGCUUUUUCCAGCCUAGAGGCACCCAUAUUUACAACACCCUCAUUAAUUUUAUCAAGAAAGAGUACAGGAAACGGGGCUUCCAAGAAGUCGUCUCGCCGAAUAUCUACAAUGCGAAAUUGUGGCAGACUUCCGGCCACUGGGCUCACUACGCUGACAACAUGUUCUCGUUUGACGUAGAAAAGGACAAGUUUGCUUUGAAGCCGAUGAAUUGCCCCGGUCAUUGCUUAAUCUUCGACAAUCGCAUACGUUCGUGGAGGGAGCUGCCGCUUAGGCUUGCGGAUUUCGGGGUGCUGCACAGGAACGAGCUGUCGGGCGCCCUUACGGGUCUCACCAGGGUCAGGAGGUUCCAGCAGGACGACGCCCACAUAUUCUGCGCCCCCGAACAGAUAAGGCAGGAAAUCAGCAGUUGUUUGGAUUUCCUCAAGCACGUGUACUCGAUCUUCGGGUUUACUUUCAACUUGGUGCUGUCUACCAGGCCGGAGAAGUAUUUGGGCGACAUCGAGAUAUGGAAUGACGCGGAAAAGGCCCUCGCGGGAAGUUUGGACGCUUUCGGCGAGCCAUGGAAACUCAACCCUGGUGACGGUGCUUUUUACGGUCCUAAAAUAGACAUAACUAUCCAAGAUGCGUUGAAAAGAUUCCAUCAAUGCGCUACGAUUCAGUUAGAUUUCCAGUUACCCAUUAGAUUUAAUUUGUCUUACGUCAGCGAGAGCGGAGACAAGAAACGUCCGGUUAUAAUCCACAGAGCAGUUCUUGGGUCGGUGGAGAGAAUGAUCGCUAUCCUCACCGAAUCGUACGCCGGAAAAUGGCCGUUCUGGUUAUCUCCCAGGCAGGUUAUGAUAAUUCCCGUCGGACCCAGCUACGAUGAUUACGCUGAGAGCGUGAAGCAGAAACUCUUCGACGCCGGUUUUAUGGCGGAAGUCGAUACGGACGCUGGCGACACCAUGAACAAAAAGAUUCGGAACGCCCAGUUAGCCCAGUUCAAUUUCAUCUUAGUUGUUGGAGACAAGGAACGGAGUGCUAAUACCGUAAAUGUACGUACUAGAGAUAACGUGAUACACGGGGAAGUUUCCGUAGAUACCCUGAUAGAAAAAUUCAGACAUUUUCAGGACGAUUAUGUUAAAAAUGAGGACAAAUUUUGAACGGUUUCGGACACAUUAAAAAGCUUAAGUAUUGAUUUUUUAAUUUAUUAUAUUUAAUGAUAUUUAAUAUCAAGAUGCAUUUAUGUGCUUAGGAAAUAAAUCCACAAACUUCA